UCGCCUCUCAAGUUUACUAUUCGUGAAUCAGUAUCAUCAGUAUAUCCUAGUUUUAAGCCAGUUCGUACAUAUGACAAUUUAUACAUAACACGCUUUUCGACCACGGAUCUUUCAUGAUUUAGUCUUUCCUGUUACUGACGUGACAUUGGCUGCCGUGCUUGAGCGAACCUUCCAUCCGAAAGGAUAAGCGCGAAAUUUGUUGUAUUGUUCGAGUAGUCUAUUAAUAAUGGAUUUUUUUAAAAAUAAAACUGCUUCGACGGUUUUAUUUUCCUCCCUUCCGAAAAAAGAAGUUAUAUGUUGCGUUGUGGGUUACGUAAAGUACUCGGAGAAAUGUGACAGUUCAGCCAAAUCCAAGUAUCACUGGCAAAUACUUCGAUGCAGGCAACUGAUAUUUUCUGAGCCAGAGAUAAUAGCUUCACCUGCAAGUGGAGAAGAUGGUGCAAUUUAUAUUAUUAUGACAGAUGAGUAUUAUAAAACUGGAAAGUUACAGCUGCACUUGGAAAAGUUGAGCAUGACUUGGGGCAGUCCAGAAGCAGUGUCCAACAUAACCUAUGAAGCCUGUUUCCGCUACACGCUGAUAGCUCGUAUCAGUCCUCUGUGGAACCAGGUUGAUUGUUACUUAAUCCAGGGUCGUGAUUUCCUUCUGAAUGCGUCUCCUAUGAAUGCUAUUAAAUUUGAACUAAUAGCCAGAGAUGAAAAUGUGUUCCUGUCUGUGUGGCCAAUACAAAUUAGACUUUCCUGUUUACUGAAGAGUCACGUUGAUGUGGAACACAACCGUGAGGAUAAGUGGGUUCAUGUACUACCCAGCUUGAAGAAGGCCCGCAUAAUGUCUGUGUCCCCUCACAUCCCAGUUUCCUGCCCUUUCCGGACCUACAGGGAAAUUAAAAGGCACUGGAAGAAUAUGUAUGGUUACAGACUGCCGGACACACCUGACCAGCUCUUCUUCUGCUCGCUGAGCUUCCAGUCCUUCAGUCCCACACUCUACACAUACCCAAGUCUUUGUGUGAGGCCACAGGGCUUGUUCUUCCUCCGACACAUGGACAAUAUGGGUGUGCUCCAAGUCUUUCUGGCAGACAUAGCUACUAAGCUACCAGCCAUGUGUGGGCAACCUCUGGGCACUGAGUCUCAUGUACUGUAUGCUGUACCCAGGCUCUACCAUUCCAGUGAGAGUUUGGAAUAUGCGAACUUAUCAGCACUGUCUGAACAUCUUCCAGCCAGAAAAUCAGAAGUUUUAUCAUCGAUUUCGAAGGCUGAAAUAUUAUCCAGUGAAAGUUUUGCAGUGGAUUCAUUGGGAAGCAGUUGUAAUUUUCUGGCUAGAUGCCAAUCACAAACUGAAGUAUUAUCCAGUGAAAGCUGUGCAGCAGCAGGCGCAAUGGGAAGUGAAGUAGACAUUCUAAAGGGACAAAAGAAGCUGUGUCCUGUGUUUAAGCCCAGGACUUGCCCACCAGUCAGUUAUGUCAUGCCAGAGAGCAGAGGACCAUCACCUCAUGGUACAUUCCAGUCCUUGUCAUGUGGUGACCUCGACUCUGUCACUCUGCCUAGCAAGGUCGAAGGGGGUAAGAAACCUCGGUCCCGCCCUCAGGUGCAGCCCGAUGUAGAUGUGGAGGCCCUGGCAAGAAAUCGGGAUCUGUCACGUGUCAAUGCAGUCACCCUAGUCUCUUGGCUUCGUGCCAAGAAUGUUCCAUGUAAGGUGAAAGACAGAAAGUCAGUUCUGAUAGAGAAAGUUAUGAUUCAGCUUAAUCUUCAGUUGUAAAACGUGUUUUGUUUUAGAGACAUAAAUAAUUCAGAAUAGGUUGUUAUAAUAUCUGUCACAGCGAAUUCUUCAGUCAAGAUGAGCUUCCAUUUAAUGAACAGUUCACCUGAUUAUUCUGCAGUGGUACCUACUUACAGUUUAUCAUCUGAAGUGAAUCACAAUUUUGAUCAGAUCUUCAUGUUUAUUAUGAAUAAUUCUGUAACUAUAGUUACUAAUUAUUUGUGUUCUGUACUUUUUAAAUAGUUUCCCAUUUCAAAUGAGUUUGCAUUCCCAUAACCCAUUUGCAUCUGUAAGUGUGCCUAGACACACUCAUGCUAUAUGCAUAUUUCACCAUAACCUUACUUUUACAUAGAACAGGAUUACUUUAAGUGGUUCCUGCUUCCAUCUGUGACUGAAAGUAUUGGUAUCAACUUAGGGGCCAACUUUCAGUCAGAAAACCAGUAUUUAAGCAGAGCCAAUGUAUUUGUGUUUCAUGCUUCAUUUUGGCUUUUGUGUGAAUGGUGUAUUGUGAGGCUUGUUCAAAUAAACCUUGUUCAUGGAUUGUUCUGGGCAAAGGAGUAGGGACUGUUAAAAAUAGGAUGUUGAGGCAGGUAACCCACUGAUGCACCAUCUGAUGGAUCCCCUCAACUAAGAGCUCCCUGGGCUGCAGCUGGAUCCACGGCACCUCUGCAGCUUGAAUCUCAUUCUUUGAUGCAAAAUUAUGGCAGUUAGAACUCUGUGCUGUAUGGGGAUGAUCCAACACCUUCCAGUGUAUGGGGAGCUGUGUGUCCCGGACAGCGCCUCAUGGGGACGGAUGAUGAGAAUGCCGAGGCUCUUGAUGGUGGCAUGGAGGUCUUUGAGCAUUCCACACUCAUGCUAUGUGUUGAGGGUGCCUCUUUCCUGGCACCAUUUAGCUGAAUGACAACAUGCUGGUACUGUUGGGACCAAUUCUGCACUUGUGGCAUGUCACGUAGUUCCCAUUUGGCUCUGGCAUGCCCAUUCUGUUGGCACUGUUCAUAGUUGACUGCAUGUGUGUCAUGCAUACAGCCGUGUGAUCACCUGUGACCGACUGUUCGUUAGCAGUGUCUCAAAUGGGUUUCAUUUGAACAUCAUGCAUAUGGAGCCACAUCAGUGCCCAAGACUGACUUAAAGGACUGCAGAGGAGAAACGAUGAAUAUGUAUUUGGCUGAUAGAGGUUCAUCUUUUAGGUAUUCCAUGUGAUAUAAAUGCCUGAAAAUCAAUACAUAAAUGUUACAGUAUAUUAUGUAUUCCUAAUUUGUUGCAGUUUCAUUCUGUGAAUGUUAUUUUAUUGUUUAUUGUAUUUUCAAACUGUCUGUUAUUGUACUAAGAGCUAAAAACAUGUUUUCCAUAAAAGACUGAAGUAAGAUGUCUGUGUCUCAUUACUGUAAAAUAAAAGUUCUUUACUCACACUUA